AUGAGAUGUAACGUUUUUGAUAGAAGAGGUGCUCUGGCCAAGACUCAAGACAAAGGAGGGAUGAUGGUGACAUGCUUUACUGGGCCCUCUGUGGCUUAUACUGUUUUUGAUUGGGUUCGCAACCAGCAAGGUUGUGCUAAUCUUCUAACCGGUUCUGCAAUUACUGUUAUUGUUAACAUCCUCGGCAAAGCGGGUCGGGUUUCAUCUGCCGCGUCUUUGCUUCGAACUCUUGAGAAGGAUGGGUUUGAGAUUGAUGUUUAUGCUUAUACUUGUCUGAUAACUGCUUAUGCUAGUAAGGGUAGGUACAAUGAUGCUGUCUCUGUCUUCAAUAAGAUGCAACGAGAUGGUUGCACCCCUAAUCUCAUUACAUAUAAUUCCAUGUUGAAUGUUAAUGGAAAAAUGGGUAUGCCUUGGUCUCGUGUUAAUGCGCUUGUUGAUUCUAUGAAAGCGAAUGGAGUUGCUCCUGAUUUGUAUACUUACAAUACCCUUAUCACUUGUUGUCGCCGCAGUUCUCUAUAUGAUGAAGCUGUUAAAGUGUUUGAUCAGAUUAACAUGGCGGGUUUUUUUCCUGAUAGGGUUACAUAUAAUGCGUUGGUAGAUGUAUUUGCAAAGUCUAGACGCCCCGAGGAGGCUUUGCAGGUGCUUAAAGAUAUGGAAAGUAAUGGCUUCUCAGCAUCCAUUAUUACUUAUAAUUCGUUGAUAUCUGCUUAUGUUAGAGGUGGUUUGUUUGAGGAAGCAUUGCGGCUUAAAAUUCAAAUGGUGGAGAAAGGGAUUAAGUCGGAUGUUUUUACCUACACAACACUUUUCUCAGGGUUUGAGAAGGUUGGGAAAGAUCACAUUACAACAAACUUGCAAUAG